AUGCCAGAACCUCAUCCAAGUAUUGUGCCUGUAAUACAAGAAGCAGGGUUUGGCGGUGUGGCUAAAUUGCGACAUCUAAAGGUUGACCAUUGUUUAGUCACUGCCUUGGUUGAAAGAUGGAGGCCUGAAACACACACAUUUCACUUUCCAACUGGAGAAUGCACCAUAACCUUGGAAGAUGUGUCACUUCAAUUGGGUCUUUGUGUUGACGGACAUCCUAUCAUUGGUCCAACUAUGUUGGAUUGGGACGAGAUGUGUGAUAACUUAUUAGGUUUAACACCAGUAAAGGGGGAAUCCAUUGUCGGUUCUAUGAUAAAACUUAAAUGGUUAAGGGAUAAUUUGUUGCCUAUAGAUGAAAAUUCUAGUAUUGAGGUCAUUCAUACACAUGCUAGGGCCUAUAUAUUAGGAAUGAUAGGUGGUGUUUUAAUGCCAGAUAAAACUGGAAAUAAAGUACAUUUAAUGUACUUGAACUACUUGAGUAAUCUUCGAAGAACCAGUAGAUAUAGUUGGGGUUCAGCGUGUUUGGCUGUCUUGUACAGAGAGAUGUGCAGAGCAACCGAUGCACGUGCAAGGACUAUGGGUAGAUGUGCUUCGUUGUUACAAUCAUGGGCAUGGUUUCACAUGCCUUUUCUUGCACCCAUUUCAAGAGUUCCACCAACUUUCCCACUAGUUCGCCAAUGGAGCGACGGUCGAGUAUUGAACUACAGAAAUGUCCCCCACAAUGAUUUAGUCGGAUACCGAGCAAGGAUAGAUCACAUGCAACAAAAUCAGUCCAACAGGGUCAAGUUACAAUUUCGCCUAUCACAGGACAUCCCUGAAGAACCCAACAACCUUGAUCAUUUACAUAAAGUAGACAUGAGGGGGCGACAAGAUGAGAACUAG